AUCCCACUCUCGCAUGCGCAUGUGUUGUUUACAGGAAUGUCACGUAUUCCUCGUACUAAAAACACACUGUAAAUGCACUAGCAUGCAAAAGUGUUCCAUUAUGGAGGAUUCAGUGGAGGUCAUCCUUCAGCAUAAAAGUUGCAAGCUCUCCCAUCACACUCAGGAAAAGCCACUUUUCACAGCAGCAUCUGGCGCUUUGCUUGUGGGAGUUUAUGGCCUCUGGUCAUUAUUUGCACUUCCUGGUUUUCGGAAAGUACCCAUAUGUCUCAAGGUGCCUUAUUUGCCCUCCAGUGGAACACAGACCCAGAAUGUAAUGAAACUCCUGCAUGGGAGAGCAGGGUGUCUGGCAGAUCUGGGAUCUGGUGAUGGGCAACUGGUAUUUGCUGCCACUGUAGAGGGUUUCCAGUGCACUGGCUUUGAAAUGAAUUCUAUCCUAACUGGAUAUGCCAGAGUCAAAGCAAAGUGGAAGGGAAUACCAUCCAGCACUGCGACUUUUAUAAACCAGGACUUUUGGAAGACCAAUUUGUCCAAAUAUAACAAUGUGACUGUUUUCUUGGCACCCGGAGUGAUGGAGGUGUUGGGUAGGAAACUGGAGAAGGAGUUACCAGAUGAGGCUCGUGUGAUUGCCUGUCGCUUCCCAUUUCCUGACUGGACUCCCACAGCCACUGAGGGUGAAGGACUAGACCAGACUUGGGCAUAUGAUAUGAAUGCUAUACGGAAGCUUUCAACACAAGCUACCAUGAAAUGAAAAAGCAUCUUCCCUUGUGUCAAAAAGCUUUCUGUUUUGUGUUUUAGCACUGCCUGAAAGGUACCAGUCACUUUUAGAAGACAUAUGCACGCAUGAUAUGCACAGUAUAAAGCAUAGAAUAAUUGCUUAUUUUUAUAUUAAGGACUACGUUUUUUCUGCUGUUCUGUUACUGCAGGUAGGUUUGAUGACAUGUUAUUUGUCUGUGUUGUGAAAUUCUAAACUAAACUGUGAAAUAAAGAGCCAAAAUUAC